GAUGAAUUUCAAAAUUGUUUUUUUUUGUGCAUGGGAAUUUUGUAGUGGAUUAGGAUGCUAUGUAAAAAUAGGAUCAUGCAUGGUGCGUUGCUUUGAUAUACUUGGCUCAUGAGAAUAAUGUUUUCCCGAGUCGGUCACAAGUUCAUUUAAGUUUUGUACUCGUUGUCAUGUGACUGGGGAUGGUGUUUUCCUUCAUGGUCAGGCCCUACCUGCAUUUUUUUUUUGAGAACUAGGCCCUACCUGCAUCUGACCAGGGAAUCAUUGCAGGGUCGUUAUGGUGGGCCUUUUAUCCCUAGUCACAUGUUUAUUUGGGCUGGACUGGGAUGGGCCUUCAGUGCGAGGAGAAAGAAGGCGGCGCAUUGGUUUCUCACUCCCCGGCACUCUGGCCUCCGGCGACUUCACCCAGCGAUCUCCCCGACGAUCUCCGCCGGCGGCAUCUGACGACUUUUCCUCCCCUCCCGAUUCAAUCGAUCUGAGGUGGGAAGGAAGGCAGACAAUGGAUGCUCUGGAGGUGAUUCCCCCACGGGAUGACCCCGAGAAGAAACCAUGCGCGGAUGUGUAUGGCGAGUCACAACACCAUUCCCUGACGACAUCGACGACAGGCAUGGAUGUUGUCUCCAAGGUGCUCGACGAUGACAACCUCCUCAGAGAGAUCAUCCUUUGUGUCGGCUUCCCGACCACCCUCGUCUGUGCCUCCCUCGUCUGCAAGUGUUGGUACCACCAUGCCUCCGACCGCAAGUUCCUCAGCCGUUUCCAUGAGGGCAACCCGUCCCACCUCCUAGGCUUCUACCUCGAGGACACCGAUGACCCAAGCGUGGCUGCACACUUCUUUCCGAUGCUGCCUCAACCUGCAGAGCUUGCCACUGUCAUCCGCAGUGCGAGAUUCAGCUUGGACCCCCACCGGAGUGAAAUGUCCGACAUGAUGGGCUGCCGGAAUGGCAACGUCCUCAUCAGCUUGUAUGACGGCAGAGAUUUUACAGUUGGAGUGCACAGCCCGUUGCACCCCGAGAGAGGUUUGGCGGUCCUCCCGCCAUUCCCAGAGUUGCAAAUUCAGGACGGCUAUUUCUGUGGUAUGAAUGAUCUCCUCCUCUCCAAAGAGGAAGGCGAUGGCUUGUCCUACAUUUAUGUGUUGGUGGAGUCUACAAUGGAGAGGACCAAAUCUAUGGUGCACAUAGAUGUGCUGCGAAAUGGUGACACUGUAUGGCGCAGACAUCUUGACCUGGCCACCGACCGAUUCCUUUGUCCGCGAUUUGAUCCAAAAGCUGUGCUCGCCGACGAUAAAAUCUAUAUAGCGAGUGCCCAGCGAGACAUUGUUGUCCUGGAUUUGAUGGGCUCAAGCAUCUCCACGAUUCUGCUCCCACAAGGGGUGGAGUAUGGUGAUAGAGACACCACGUUGGCACGGGCCAAUAAUGCUUCCGGUGUGUAUCUCAUCCAUGCCAAGAAGCUUGAACUUUGCAUUUGGCUCCACAAGGGGGGCAACUGGUUGCUGGUGCACAAUAUUUGUUUGCGUGAGAUGGUUGCUGGUUUGAAGAUGACAGGUUGCGAGGAUGAGAAUGAGGCUACUGCUCCUCUGCGGAUAAACCAUGUGGGGGAUUAUGACGAGUUUGUUUUCUUGGAGAUGAGUCGAUGCGCACUCCACCUGGAUAUCAAGUACAAGAAACUGCGUAAAGUGUAUGAUGUGGAAGAAAAAGAUCGACAUUUGGGUGAUAUCCAUCCUUUCAUGAUGAUUUGGCCUCCCACAUUUCCUACACUCAAGAAUGAUUAUGGAAAUGCCAUAUGAAGGGGGAUAUCAUCAAGCUUUUGGAUGGCCGGCGACCAGGAAGAACAGGGAGCUGCAUUUCCUUAAUUGGUGGCAAUUCUAACCAUCUUUGUUAUAACUUGUAGCAGAUUAAUUAGAUGCUAUGUAACCGGAGCAGGUACUCCUAUCCUGUGUACCAUGACUGUUUGUGACCAAGAUUUUUGUUUCGUGCACGUGACUUCCUGCAUGCAUGUUUGGUUGCUAUCCCGCCUCGUA